AUGGCGUCGCCGCCAAAACCGUGGGAGCGAUCGGGCACAAUCCCGGCUACAUCUGCGACGCUCACUUCGUCCGUACCACAAGCAUCGACCACAUCGGCCGCAACACCAAACACAAUGACCGCGCCGGCGACGGCUGCGACCGCGACCACGACGACCUCCUCCACAACGCCAGCAAUACCCGCGCGGCCCGCCUCCCUCACUGCCGCAGUCAACCAGAACGCGGCCGCCUACAGUAGACCAUACGGCGCCCCGCCAUACGGGACAUACACCUCAGCAUACUCGUCACCCUACGCAUCGCCCUAUGCGAGAAUGGGUGGUUAUGGGGGUUAUGGCGGCGGAAUGUACGGCAACUACGGUGGUUACGGGGGCAUGUACGGAGGGGGGAUGUACGGGGGGUUGCCGGGCAUGCCCAACGACCCAAACAACCCGGACAGUCUGACACACCGCUUCAACAUGAGCACUCAAGCAACUUUUCAGAUGCUGGAGGGUAUAGUGGGCGCCUUUGGGGGCUUUGCCCAGAUGCUGGAGAGUACAUAUAUGGCGACACAUUCAAGUUUUUUUGCCAUGGUUUCGGUCGCCGAGCAAUUUGGCAACCUCCGCGACACCCUGGGCUCCGUGCUUGGCAUCUUCACACUCAUGCGAUGGAUCCGGACCCUGAUCGCCAAGCUCACCGGGAGACCUCCGCCUGUGGACGCCACAGCCCUGACGCCCGCGGCCUUCGCCCGCUUCGAGGGCCGCCGCAGCCCCGUCGAGGGCCCCGCCGGCGGUCAACCGAAACCCAGCCGCAAGCCGCUUUUCUUCUUCCUGCUCGCCGCCUUCGGCCUGCCCUACGUCAUGAGCAAGGUGAUCCGGUCGCUCGCCGCCAACGCCGAGGAGGAGGAGCGGCGGCGCCAGCUCGUGGCGGCGCAGCAGCAGCAGGCCAUGGACCCGUCCAAGCUCGAGUUUUGCCGCGUGCUGUACGACUUCUCGCCCGCCGCCCAGGGCCAGGCCGUCGUGCAAGGGGUCGACCUCGAGGUACACAAGGGCGACCUGGUGGCGGUGCUGAGCAAGAGCGACCCGCUCGGCAACCCGAGCGAGUGGUGGAAGUGCCGCGCCCGCGACGGCCGCAUCGGCUACCUGCCCGCCACCUUCCUCGAGGUCCUGCGCAAGCCCGGCCAGCCCCUCGCCGCUAUCAAAAACACCCCCGCCAGCGACAGCAGCAGGGCAAACUCGUUGACCAGCACCGUUAGCGCCCCCGCCACCGUUGCCGGUGCCACUGCUGCCGUCGCCAACAACAACAAUAACAAUCCCCCUCCCCUGCCCUUGACUAAGGUCGGUGACGUGACGGCCGAGAGCUUCCAGAAGUCGCAGUUUUACUCCUAG